AUGGCAACAAACCACCCCCCUUCCGCUUUGUCGUCGGGUCUAUUUUCUCCUGAUAGCUGGAGUCUGUCUAACACCGCUUCUUUCGCGAUAUUUCGAUCCUCCUUUGAGGCCAGCGGGUUACUGCAGGAGAGCUUUCGAAAGUCUUUUCGCGCCUUUUCCAAAAUCGCCCUCUUUCGCUCCCGACUUCGAAACCGCGAGCUCUGUUUCAUCCUGGCAACUGGCACCGAGCAGUCUUUGGAGAAGUUGCUCUGA